AGUAUGUGUAUCACAUCAAAGAGCAUGUAUAACUGUUACAGUUGUCACUGUCAUGUCAGCCCCAGCCCCUGUCAACCGUCAGAUUUCAGAUUGCCAAAGUCAGUCAACAAUAUUGAUUCAUCUAAAAAUUCUAAAACUACAAAGUCAAAACCUUUAAACAUUAUUCUAGACAUAAAGCAAUGUUACUAAUUGGAUUUUAAUAAGUUUCUCAUUCUCUUUAUUUCAUAAAAGUGUCUUAAGUUUUCUUAUGAUACGUCCAUUUGUGUGUUAUAGUGAAAAUGAAUCUUGAAAUUAACAGAUUAAAUACUUUUACAAACUGGCCAGCAUGUGCCUUGAUAAAUCCUGUAAGAAUUGCGAAAGCGGGUUUCUUUUAUACGGGACAAGGAACAGAAGUGCAAUGUUUUAGCUGCAGUGGAAAACUGUCGCAAUGGAAUUGUGGAGACCAAGUAAUGUGGCGACAUCGUAUGAUGUAUCCAAACUGUGAAUUUGUCAUAAACCCUCAAUCGUCCGGUAAUGUCCCGCUAACGCCUGGAGGAGAUUGCCCAUCUACUGAUGAGCCCGUAGCUCCCUCUGAAUCUUCACCACAGAGAUCAAACCGAUCUUCAUCUAACGAUCAAAAUAUUGAUGAAUCUUCUCAAGAUUACGGUCAUACUGAAGAAGAUGAAAUGUAUAAAACUGAUAUACUUCGGUUGCUUUCAUUUACUAAUUGGAAUGACAGUUCAGUAUCUCAAGAGGCAUUAGUAAAUGCUGGCUUCUAUCAUGCGGGUGAGGGCCGUCUCCGUUGUGCUUGGUGUGGAGGUGAACUUGCACCGUUUAGAAACUUUGGUUCAUUGGGAUCACCCCUUGAAGUACAUAGGAUGUACUUCCCCCGAUGCGCGCAUGCACAAGCACUUGAGACGGCGCAACGCAACAAUUAUGCGAUGAUGCCGACCCGGCCCUGGGAAGACCCGGACGUACCCGACAAUACUGAUAAUAACCAGCCCCAAUCUUCUGGCGCGGCGCACAACGCGCGCGUGGUGGCUGCGGGCAGCUCGUGGCGGUCGCUGGGCGUGGUGGGGGGCGGGGCGCGGCACGCAGCCUACGCCUCCCUCGCCUCUCGCCUGCAGACCUUCAGCCACUGGCCGGCGGACCGCCCUCAGGUGCCCAAGGCAUUGGCCGAGGCUGGAUUUUAUUACACCGGGGUGGAUGAUCAGGUGCGUUGUUUCUACUGCGACGGUGGUUUGGGGAAGUGGGAGGCGGGAGAUGCGCCGUGGUCGGAGCACGCGCACUGGUUCCCGCACUGCGGAUACCUGCUGCUUGUGAAGGGCCACGACUUCGUUGAAUCGUGCCGCAACAAGUCCUCCGUGCAGCGCACUUUGUCAGCCGACAGCGGUCUCAGUACAAGACGACGUAAUCCAAGUGCUAAUUUUUCAAUAACUGACAGUCAGGUGGACGCAUGUAUGGAGAGCAGUACGGCGAUGGCAGCGCUGGGUGCGGGGCUGGACGCGGCCCGCGUGCGGCGCGCGCUCGUCCGCAGACUGCGCACCACUGGUCUGCCGUUCAGUUCAUCGGAGGCUCUGAUAGACGCAGUACUGGAUGAGCAGCUGAACGAGGAGGCUUGGAGUGUGACUCCUCAGAGCCAGCGGCUGGCGAGAGAUAUACUGGCAGAGACGUUGAGAGAUUUCGUGCCUGGUGGUACCAGACUAAUGCCACCUUCGCGAGCCGAAGACGAAUCUGAAAGUAGAUCUGAAUCGGAAAGUCCAUCUGUAUCUCCAACACCUGCGGCCAGAAAUAUAACUCCUUUUAGAAGGAGAGAUGUAACUCCUUCUAGAGCGUCCCUGCCGACACAACCUUCUAGAAGUGAAAAAACUCAAACACGCUCUCUCAGCUCAAGCAAAGAACGGAAAACGAGCGGUGAUAAGAAGAGAAAUGCAAGUCCGGCAUCACAGAAGAAGGAACUUACUCUAGAAGAAGAGAACAGGCAGCUGAAAGAAGCAAGGCUCUGUAAAGUGUGUAUGGAUAGUGAGGUGAGUGUGGUGUUCCUGCCGUGUGGACACCUGGUGUCAUGUGCGGGGUGUGGUGCGGCGCUGGCUGCGUGUCCGCUGUGUCGUGCUGCGGUACGCGCCCUCGUCCGCGCCUACCUCGCCUGACCCCCCGCCUCACCCCCCGCCUCAUCC